AUGGCCCUGCUGCAGCCAGCCCGGCGCCUGCUCUCCGCCGCGGCCCAGCGCCACCUCUGCCUGGCCCCCGUCGCGGCCAGAGCCAGCUCCUGGUGGUCUCAUGUGGAGAUGGGACCCCCUGAUCCUAUUUUGGGGGUGACUGAAGCCUUUAAACGAGACACCAACGCUAAGAAGAUGAACCUGGGUGUUGGGGCAUACCGGGACGAUAACGGGAAGCCAUUUGUCCUGAACAGCGUCCGCAAAGCGGAGGCCCAGAUAGCUGCUAAGAAGAUGGACAAGGAGUACUUACCCAUUGCAGGGCUGGCGGAGUUCAAUAAGGCAUCAGCUGAGCUGGCACUGGGUGACACCAAUGAGGUUAUCAAGAGUGGCCGGUAUGUCACCGUGCAGACGAUUUCUGGGACUGGGUCUCUAAGAGUUGGAGCCAAUUUCUUGCAACGAUUCUUCAAGUACAGCCGUGACGUGUACCUGCCCAAACCAUCCUGGGGCAACCACACCCCCAUUUUCAGGGAUGCUGGCAUGCAGCUGCAUGCCUAUCGCUACUAUGAUCCCAAGACCUGCGGCUUUGACUUCGCUGGAGCCUUGGAUGACAUUUCUAAAAUUCCCGAGCAGAGUGUCAUUCUCUUCCACGCCUGCGCUCACAACCCCACUGGUGUGGACCCCCGACCAGAGCAAUGGAAGGAGCUGGCUGCUGUGGUGAAGAAAAGGAAUCUCUUUGCAUUCUUUGACAUGGCGUACCAGGGCUUUGCCAGCGGGGACAUAAACCGGGACUCCUGGGCUGUGCGUCAUUUUAUUGAGCAAGGCAUUAAUGUUGUUCUGUCUCAGUCCUAUGCCAAGAACAUGGGCCUUUACGGGGAGCGCGUGGGUGCCUUCUCAGUGAUCUGCAAGGAUGUGGAUGAGGCCAAGAGGGUGGAAUCCCAGCUGAAGAUCCUGAUCCGCCCCAUGUAUUCAAACCCACCUGUCAAUGGAGCUCGUAUUGCCUCUGCCAUCCUGACGAGUCCUGACCUGCGGAAGGAAUGGCUGGAAGAGGUGAAGGGGAUGGCUGACCGGAUCAUUGACAUGCGCAACCAGCUGGUGGCCAAUCUCAAGAAAGAAGGCUCCUCCCACAACUGGCAACACAUCACCGACCAGAUCGGCAUGUUCUGUUACACGGGGCUGAAACCUGAGCAGGUGGAGCAACUAACCAAAGAGUUCUCCAUAUACAUGACAAAAGAUGGCCGGAUCUCCGUGGCAGGGGUCACAUCUGGUAACGUGGGUUACCUAGCUCGUGCAAUACACCAAGUCAGCAAGUAAACACGGUGGAGCAGACGGCCUUCCCUUCAACGGUCUUUGGACUUUCUGAAUCAAGAGGAAGGGGAAGUGCAUUUGGGGGGUUGGGGCAAGCAGAAUAUUUACUUU